AGCAGCUGUCUUGCCUUGGUCUGCACUUCUCCCAUGGCUCCUGCAGACAUUCCAGCCUCUCUUCCUCUCGGUCUGUGCCUGCUGCUGGCCUCUGGCUUUGGGCAUGCAGGCAAGCUGCUGGUGGUGCCCAUGGAUGGCAGCCACUGGUUCACCAUGCAGAUGGUUGUGGAGAAGCUCCUUCCCAAAGGCCAUGAGGUGGUGGUGGUUGUUCCAGAGGUCAGUUGGCAGCUGGGAAAACCACUGAAUUUUACGGUGAAAACGUAUUCAGUUUCUCACACUCAGGAGGAUUUAAAUCGGGAGUUCAAGUUUUUUAUUGACUCUCAGUGGAAAACUCAACAAGAGGGCGGAGUUCUUCCUCUACUGACUAGCCCUGCCCAGGGUUUCUUCGAAUUACUGUUUUCACACUGUAGGAGUUUGUUUAAGGACAAGAAGUUAGUGGAGUACUUGAAGCAGAGUUCGUUUGAUGCUGUGUUUCUGGAUCCUUUUGAUGUGUGUGGCUUAACUGUUGCCAAGUACUUUUCUCUCCCGUCAGUGGUCUUCAGCAGGGGGAUAUUUUGUCACUAUCUUGAAGAAGGCUCCCAGUGCCCCAGUCCUCCUUCAUAUGUCCCCAGAGGUAUCUUGAAACUCACAGAUACCAUGACUUUCAAGGAAAGAGUGUGGAACCUUCUUUCCUACAUGGGGGAGCAUGCAUUCUGUCCCAGUUUUUUCAAAACUGCUACCGACAUUGCCUCUGAAGUUCUCCAGACCCCGGUGACUAUGACAGACCUCUUCAGCCCAGUGUCCGUUUGGUUGUUACGCACAGACUUCACGUUGGAAUUACCCAGACCUGUGAUGCCCAAUGUGAUCCACAUUGGAGGGAUCAACUGCCACCAAAGGAAGCCACUUUCCAAGGAAUUUGAAGCCUAUGUCAACGCCUCCGGAGAACAUGGCAUCGUGGUUUUCUCUUUGGGAUCCAUGGUCUCAGAGAUUCCAGAGAAGAAAGCGAUGGAAAUUGCUGAGGCUUUGGGCAGAAUUCCUCAGACGGUCCUGUGGCGCUACACCGGAACUAGACCAUCGAACCUUGCAAAGAACACUAUUCUUGUCAAAUGGCUACCCCAAAACGAUCUGCUUGGUCAUCCAAAGGCUCGGGCGUUCAUCACACACUCCGGUUCCCAUGGUAUUUAUGAAGGAAUAUGCAAUGGGGUUCCAAUGGUGAUGAUGCCCUUGUUUGGUGAUCAGAUGGACAACGCCAAGCGCAUGGAAACUCGGGGAGCUGGGGUGACCCUGAAUGUCCUGGAAAUGACUGCCGAUGAUUUGGAAAACGCCCUUAAAACUGUCAUCAAUAACAAGAGUUACAAGGAGAACAUCAUGCGCCUCUCCAGCCUUCACAAGGACCGUCCUAUCGAGCCUCUGGACCUGGCUGUGUUCUGGGUGGAGUACGUGAUGAGGCACAAGGGGGCGCCACACCUGCGCCCCGCCGCCCACGACCUCACCUGGUACCAGUACCACUCCUUGGACGUGAUUGGCUUUCUCCUGGCCAUCGUGUUGACGGUGGUCUUCAUUGUCUAUAAAAGUUGUGCCUAUGGCUGCCGGAAAUGCUUUGGGGGAAAGGGUCGAGUGAAGAAAUCACACAAAUCCAAGACCCACUGAGAAGUGGCAGGAAGUGAAGGAGAAGUAUUAGUCCCUUAUCCAAUCAGUUGAAACUUGGAAACAAGUGUUAAAUCCAUGUUGCUUUUAUUAGGGAAAUAAUUCACCAUACACUAUACACCCAGAACAAUUUUUUUUCUUUUUCUUUUUUUCGGAGCUGGGGACCGAACCCAGAACAUUUUUUUUUUUAAAUAAAAACAAUCUAAUUGCUGGCCACACCCAUCAGGGAAGAUACUGGAAUAUGUGAUCUGUUUCUCCAGUAUCUUCAGUCUGGACAAUGACUGCCAUCUGUUGGUAACUUACAGAAAGUUUAGUGUUCUGCCUUCAGUGACAGCACCACAGUUUCCCUUACUCCUGUCAGCUAAUGGCUUCCUCCCCUGGAUUCUCAGACCAGUGUGGCCUUCCCAGUGUUAGUCAUUCCUCACUGUGCUCAUGUUUUGUGGGUGGCACGGCCUUUGAGCUUUGGGAGAAAAGAAGAUGAGGCUGUGACACUGGUGGCCCUGUGUUUGAGAUAAUAAUUAUUGCUUGUCUCUGAAUUUGAUGAAAACUGAAGUACAUUCUAAAGAAAGUAUGUCUUCUAUUGUGUUCCCAAACCAAGAACUUGUCAAUAAAUUCAUAUAAAUUGUAUUAUUACUUUU